AUGCUGUUAUCUAAUGCUUCUAGUAGAUUUGGAAUUUUGGUGCGCUCGUCAUCGGAUGCCGCCGUCCCAGUUAUUAUGGAUAGGGUUUCUAGUCUUGGCUUGCAUAAUGCGGUUGUGAUUGAAAUCGGUGUUGAAGAAGGUAACAAGGAAACCGUCGGAGACGAGCUUCCAGGCGAGCUGCAUCAUGGGAUUAAUGUGGCCCUGUGGGCUGAGGUUGAAGAUGUUGACCAGAAGAUAACCACCCAGAAUACUCAAGAGGAAGAUUGUAAUACAAAUGAAGUAGUGGAGCGAAAGAGAGGAGGUAAAAAAGGGCCUCAAUCUACCCCUCGGGCUAAUUCAGUCAAGACAAGAAACCGAACCAAAUCGGACAUGGGUUUUAACCCUUCUCCUCUAGGAAGGAAAAAAGCAAGCGAGAUCAGAGAUCAAGAGGCAAGCAGGAAUAUAGUGGAUGAUACUCAAAUGACCAUCCAUGAGGUCAUUAAGAAGUGGUGGGCUAUUGAUGUGAAAGAUACUGCUAUGUAUAGAAUGGCAAAAAAAUUAAGGAAUGUGAAGGACAAUAUUAAAAAAUGGAACAAGGAGGUUUUCGGAGAUCUAUUUGCUGCCAAGACCAAAACCCAACUGGAACUCAAGGAAAUGCAGGAUAAAAUCCAAACAAGUGGAUAUAAUGAAGUAUCAAUCAAGGAGGAAAAUGAAGUGUUUGUAAAGUACCAUAAGAUUAUCAGAAGAGAGGAAGAAUUCUGGAAACAAAGGUCUAGAUCUCUAUGGCUUAAAGCUGGGGACAUAAAUAAUAGAUUCUUCCAUAUGACCACAAUGAAACACAAGGUUGCUAAUAGAAUCUUGAAGUUGAGAAUUGGGGGAACUGAAACGAGGAAGGAUGAUGAGAUUGGGAAGGAAGCCAUGAACUUUUUUACCUCACUUCUUUCGGUGGACUGUAGUCUAGAUGGUCACUCCCAGAGUGCCAUCCUUGAGAAUAUUCCUUCAACUAUUAAUGAGGAUCAAAACAAGGCCUUGGUGGCCAUCCCUUCUGUGGAGGAAGUUAAAAAGGCAGUUUUUUCUUUUGAUGGGAACAAAGCCUUGAGCUCGGAUGGAUUUUCGUUGUUCUUCUUUCAAACCUUCUAG